AUGAAACCGCAGAUUCCAUUAAAACAUAAAGUUGCGGCCAAUUCAUUGGUCCAUGAUCUCGAUUACUUAUUCGCAUCGGAGGAUAGUUGCGGUGAAAUUGCGAUUGUGCGGAGGUGCUUCACAUCGACCGCGGCAUUCAUCAUCCUAACGUUGUUAGGCGGAUUCGGCGGGUGCACGGCUGAGCGAUGGUCACGGCAAAUCUCUAACAGCGAGUGGAUCCCCCUGGCUAAUCCGGGGACCGCGCCCGCUCAACUCACUCGAAAUAACGCGGAAAGCGGGCUCCUAACUAGCAGCACGCAUUUACCGAAUCCAUUGCAAACGCUCGCGUUACCGCCCGCCCUGCAGCAGCAGUACCAGGACCAAUUGAUCCAGCUGCAGAAGACGCAGGAGAGUAUUCAAAAGCUCCUCCUGCUGCAGCAGCAGCUCAAGGCUCAGCAGCAGCUUCUUCAGACUCAGACAUUUGUGCCCGGCGAUUACAGUAGCGCCGAAGAUGAGAAACAAGUGUUACCGCAGAGUUCCUUAGGCAAUUUUCAAACAGCGCCUGAAUUAGCGUCGGAAGUCUUGAUACCUCCGCAGCCGUCCUCGGGAGCACUACCGCCGGUGCAUCCUGCUCAGAACUUCCAAAGACCGGGUCAGAUCUAUCAGAACCAGGAGCUACCAAACUUGCCUAUUCAGGGUCAAGUUGUACUGCAACAAAACGUGGAGGACACGCAAGAAGGACACGCUUACGUAACGAAACAAGGAGGCCAGAGACCCGACGGGAAACGUUUGAAAGGACAUUCGAGUCCAGGAUUAUCGCAGUCCUCUCUGGUUGGUAGCGUGGGCGAUGAAGAGGAGGAGGUUCAACUGGUUUAUGUCCCAGCGGAAACGCUGGCGCAAAGGGGUCAGCCGAAAAGGGGCCGUGGAAGGAAGCAAUAUCCCGUUCGCCAACAACAUCAGCAGCGAGAGAACCAAGGAAAUAUCGAUCCAGCCUCUCUUUCGCCCGACCAAGAAGCCUUCGCGCGGCAGGUGUUGCACCAAAUCCAGAAGGAACACGAAGAGAAGGCGCAGUUCCUGAAGGAAGAACGCGUGAAAGAAAUUACCAGGUUAAAUGAGGAGCAGAAGGCGCUUGAGCGGAAGACGCGAUUGCAGCAAGAGGCCCUUCAGAGAGAGCAGGAGUUGUUGCGGCAAAAGGAGGCCGAUAAGAAGAGAAAGGAAUUGGAAAGGCUGGAGGAAAUGGCGAGGCAACGAGAACUGGAUCGAAUUCGCGAGGCUCGAGAAAAGCAACGGCAGGAGGAGCUCGAACGACGACGGCUUUCCGAGCUUCGCGUCAAGGAAGAGAGACGCCGCGAGGAGGAAGCCAGGCAGCGCGAAGAGAGGCAGAAGUUGGAGCUGGAGCAGCAGAGGAUUCUGGAGGGUCAACAGGAGGAUCAAUUACGAGUUACUAGUCCGAGUUUCCAAAACGCCCAGUCCCAAGCUCUGAUCCGCGAACAGGCGCGUCGCCAGCAGCUCACGGAUAACGCCAGCAGAAUCAAGAAGAUUCGCAACAGGCCACGCCCACGGGUCAAUCAGUACCAGGAGCAGUCCAAUUACCGCGAGGUCACCACCACGCCGUCGCCCAAUCAGCCGCCCCUCUCCGUUUACAUGGGCAGUUCCACGUCCAAGACAUUGGACACCGUCAAGGUCACCGAUGUCCUGAAGAUUCUGAGAAACGCGAAAACCAUCGCCGUUCUGGAUAACGUCGGGCCCAACAGUCCACAGGUAUUCGUAGGCCCGUCCAACCUGGAUCCCCCCUACGGUUACGCAAAGUUCGAUCUUCCCUACCUGUCGUCGAUCGAUCACAACAGGGUGGAACGCAAAGUGGACAAGCUGCCUUUCUUCGUCGCUCCGCUGAGCUUCGACCCGCCCCCGGGUUACUCUAAGAUCCCCUUCCCGGCGCCGCACAUCGGUUCCGUCGUGGUCAACAACCUGUCGGAAGCGUCCUCGGAGCCGCACACGUCUUCGACGGACGAACAGAAUCUCAAUCCCACGCCGUUGAUCGAGCCGAACUCUUACAGCGACGCUCAUCAAAGUGGAUCCAUCGCCACCACCGCAUCCUACGACUCCUCGAACACCCAAAGCUUCCCCCCGGAACCCAGCAGCCCUAAGUACGAGCCCGUUUACUCAACGCCGUCCUCUAGUUCAAAGUUCAGACUCAGGCAAUAUUACGACAAUAAGCCGAAGCACUACUACGAGCAGGAGACGAAACUUACCACUCAGUCACCAAAAGUCGACACGACAGUCAGCUAUAGACAGGAAGUGACUUAUCCUAGCACACCGAGUUAUCAGGAUAGAGUAUCAGUGAGUCCGCAAGAUUCCUCCGUGAAGGAGCAGGAGUUGGCGGCCCAAUUGGCGCUCAUCAACCACGAGCUUGUUCAGCAAAGAGAGCCCCAGAAGUACAAUACCGCCGAACAGUAUCAUUCCCAGUCCAAUCUGGGUGAAUCGUACGACGUGAAUGACGUGAGGGCGCCAGUUGGUCCAGCCCAGUACAAUUUACCAGCGGAAUUACCGCCGAUCUCCCCGCACUUGCCGGGCUUGGUAAAUUCCUUGUUGGACAAGCAAGAGAAUCUUUCGGUCGCUCCGACGCCACCGCCGACGACGACGACGACGACCACGACGCCAGCGACAACGACUACUCGUGUAAGCUCCACGACUUACAGGCCGCGAGGAAGAGGCAGAAUCGUACCUACGAGAUCCAAAACGACGACCCAGGCACCUAGCAAUAGAACGGAGAGAACCCGAAGACCAACGUACAAUCGAUCCAAGUCUAGAUUUACGACCACAACGGAGGAUUAUCGCGAGUCCUCCUACGACCCAACAAAGGCGAAGACGCCGGAGACCACGCAGAAAUAUAACGCGUUGGAACACAGAAGAGCAUCGCCGGCAUCCCGGGCGCAGAAGUACAGAGGUCGAGAUAGAGCGAGUGCCCAGUCCGCGGUUCACAGCCACAGCGUUCAAGCAGCUAACUACGAAAAUUAUCCGCAGAACGAUGCGCAGAGUAAUGCAUCUCCCGACGCGUACUCGCCGCCGAGCGGACCCGCUUCUGGCGUCCACCAGAAGGAAACUCCCUUGUCCGGGGUGAGCAGUUACCCGGAGCAUUAUCCGACCACUGCCGUACAGACCGAGAAUUACCCAUCAUCGUUACGCGAGGCCGCGGUUCAGCCCAGCACACCGGCAAUGUCCGACGACUACUCGAGGAGUCACAACUAUCAGCAAAACCGGCCUCAAGAAGCGCGCUACCAGCACCAAGACGCGACGUACGAUCAGAACAGCGACUUCCAGCAUACGGGACUCGAGAAGGCUCCAGUGAACGGAUUCAAUUAUCAAGUUGCAAACGAGAAUUUACCAGACCAAACGAUUCCUCAGAGAUCCAAGGAAUAUCCGCGUUAUCAAGAAGACGCAAACUAUAAUCUGGCCACGACGGUGGAUCCGCGAGUGACACCCGGCGAGGAGCAUCGGUAUUCCCCGAUUUACGAGGUCAACGUCGCGCAAACUCAGCCGGAUUAUAACGUCGGUGGACACAAUUCGUUUCGCAAUGCUGAUGACGGCAAGAUCGAGAGUACCGCGAUAGAGACUGAUCCAAACGCGUCAUCGAUUUUCGUCCCGCUUCAAGAAGGCAAGCAACAGGAUUACGAAUUGCAGGGUCCCUCUACAGAGCCGUCGCUUCUCGAAAUCACCACGACCAGCACGACGACUCCCGCGCCCGUAAUAAUACGCCAGCGAGUCCGAGCUCGUUUAGGCGGCCGCACUCAUCAUGACUCCGCGAUUCAGACGCGACCCCGUAACUCCCAGGACGAGUACGUGCGUUUCAGCGCCGUGAACAACGAUUCCGGUCGCGGCGCCGGUCAACGGCACCGAGACGGAUUGAGGACGAGGACACGCGCGCGUCCCCAAAGUCACGGAUCGCAGGUGCAAACCGAGGGUAACGAGUACAUAAAAAUACACGCGGCUCAGCAGCAGAGGUUGAUCGCCACCACCAUGCCGCCGCCGACGACGACGACAACCACGACGGCUCGCACGGUGGAGGAGGACGUCGAUUACGGAUUCAUAAGGCCGCCGAAUUUCCGGCCGGUGCAGCCGGUGCAUCCGGUGGAUACCAGAUUUCAAGCGCCUAUUACAUACAGGCCCGCUUUGCCCGAGAUACAGCACAUUCUCCCCAACGACGAGACGGCGGUGGAGUCGAGUCCGACGCACAUUUUGAAAAAUCGCCCGAAAUACCAGACCUCGAACCGUCGCCCGACCACGAAGACGUUCACGACGACGACGACGAGCACGACGACGGAAGCCGUGCCUGUUGCGACGACGAUGCCAGACGACGCCGUGUACGCUGUAAAAUCGAGAACGAGAGCGGACGAGCCGAAAUCAACGAGAGCGCGAGGAAGAAUUCGCCGGCCGGGGAAGAAGCGCACCACGACGACCACGGAAUCUGGCCUCGAGGCGAACAACGAAUUGCCGCUGGACGAGAACUACCCUCGAAUAACGCCGCAACAGCUGCCGGUGACGGCGAGCGGACAACAGCCUCUCUACGACGAUAAUUUCGACGUCGCGCCGCAAUUCGUGCCGAAUCAGAAUCGACCGACACAGUUUUACGAAGAGAACAGCGAAAGCUAUCCGGCUCAAGAAUUUGUUCUGAACUUCGGCAAUCUGCCAGAGCAGGUGUCGCAACGCGAAGAAUACGAUCAGACGCAGCUGGCUAGUAUUCUACCGAAGAAGUAUAGCCACUCGAGUCGCGUCAACUCGGACGCGGGUGCGCACUCCACAGGUGACAUUUACGGCGCCGAGAGCCAAUGGUCCACGAAAUUGUCGAAGACGUCGUUCCAGCCGAGCUUCGCCUCGAAUCGCGUGGCCGGCGAGUCGAAGAGGGGCCGCGGCAGAACCGGCAACGAUCAGGAGAACGAGAACGCGCCCGAGAUCAUUACGGCCGGGCCGGAGGUGUCGUCGGUGACGAUGGUCGUUUCUUCCGACUAUCAGAAACACCCGAGUAACGCCGAUAGCGUGGACACGACGAUGGAUGGCUUCGGGUGGAAAACGAGCGCACAGGAUCACACGGAGAAAUUGAACGCCACGACGGCAGUGACGAAUCCGCCGACGGCGGCGCUUCAAGGUCAAAACGAUAAGGAAACGUUGCCGGAAUCGCGAGACUGGACGAGCAGCAAGAACGAGAACCUUACGGAACAAAUGGACAGCGCGAGAGUGACGAGACCUGACUCUGUUACCGGUCGAAAGACUCGAAGGAGGAAAGUUCGCGUAAAGGUAAGGCCUCUCGUGGAUGAUUUCGUCACCGCCGAAUCCCAACACUACAACUCUGCGGUGAACAGCCUGGCUCAAGAUCAAUACAAGUACAAUCCGAUUCGCGACUCGAGGUUCACCACUGCCCAGCCGAUUGCGACGACUGUCACCGCAAGUACUGCGACGGCCGCGGAGUCGGUCAAGAAAUCGCUCCUUCAGGGCUUCCUGGAGGAGAUGCUGAGGAACGACGAGGUCUCCAUCCCGACUCGCGUCACGUCGGUCACCACGGAACCCGACUGGGCAACAUCGACACCCACGACGACACCGAUGACAACGCCGUACGUAUUUUCCGAGGACGGCGAAGUCACAACCUUGAAAGAGAAUUACACGCCGUUCGAUACGACGCCGAUGCCGAGUAUCGACGGAGAACCCGUCACAACGACCAAUGAAAGUUUUAACGGAUCGAAAACCGAGUCCUGGGAAGCGACAUUUGAGAGAACAACUCACGCGUCGCAGGCUGAAGUGCAGAAAGAAGCUAAACCGGAAGAAUACAAGGAUUCUCAGGAGGACAAGCAGAAUAAUUUGGAAAACGUCGAAAUCUUCAAUCAAAGGUAUAACUCGCCAUCAAAUUAUCCCGAUAGAUCAGGGAUCUUGAGGAAAGAAGAGGAGGAGGGCACGACGGAACCGACCGGCUUCCCGUCUGCGAAGGAAGAAACGCGCAAACUGAGUGCCGUUGGCAAAGAGAAGGAACAUAUAAUGACGUUAAAGAGGCAGGAAAGCGUCGAAGAUAACGAGGCGCACCCGAAAAAUCAUAGGACCAAGUGGAGCGAGGUGAAACACCCGUCGACCUUCGACAAAUCGCAAGCUACGUCGAGUUCGUACUCGACGACGACGAUCCCCGGUGUCGUUACGCGAGACGAGGGCGACGGCAGCGUGAAAACGCUCUCCGAUUACGUGAAGGCCAUCUUCGACAGCAUGAAGAACGCCGAGGGCGAGGAGGAAGAGAUCGCCAAAGUGAUCGAAGCUAAAAGCGAGGCAGACAAUUACGAUUCGAAUGACACCGCCUCGGCACGCGCGGCGAGCGCGGAAGAAAGUGAAAAGAUCGAUCGAAAAGCCGGCACGACUGGCUCCCCGCAGGACAUUUCUGCAACGCAACGUGUCGACGUUGAAGAGAACCGGCCGAGAGCCGAAGAAACGCGGGAAGCGACAACGAAGAAGAGUGCUAGCACUCGCGAAGCGACAACGAAGAAGAUUCCAGAUACGACCGCAAGCACGGUGGCGCCGUCCAAGGAGACAACAGAGCCUUCCACGACGACGACGAAAACGGCAACGUCGAUCAGACAAACAAACAACGUGUUCAGAACGAACUCCACGAUGUUGGGAAAGGUCCUGAGAACCUCGACUACUACCAAGGUGUCGCACAUGACGGAGAUUUGCUACAGAGGUCGAUGCGUGAUGACGAGGCCGAAAUUGGAGGACGUCAUGACGAGAUGAGGGAAACUCGAUGAUUCGUCGAUCCGGU